AUGGGCUCUGCCAGUGAUUCAACAUGCUCAUACGUUCGAAAAGCUGCCAGUGGCAACGGUGGACAACAAAAAGCAAACUUGGGCAGACAAAUGGUCAGCAAUGGCCUGACGUUGGCAGACAGCCUACUACUCCUGAACUCAAUCAGACCAGGUCUUGUGAAGAAGAUAAAUAGACUGCCCACUCCUGUAGCUGCUCUGGAUAAUGUGGCACUCUUCCUGAAGGGUUGUGUGAAGUUAGGUUUGAAGAACUCGCAGCUUUUUGAUCCCGGAGAUCUACAAGACACCUCCACAAGCUCGAACAAAGGUCCAGACAACAAUAAGAAGGUAAAAAAUGUUUUGAUCACCAUCUACUGGCUGGGCCGAGCAGCCAAAAGCAGCGCCACAUACAACGGGCCUGCCCUAGACCUGCACGAGUUUGAGGGACUGCUGUCACAGAUGAGCAAGGAAGCAGAGGACUGGGACAGCCCAAAGCUUAGCAUCAGGGACAGUGGUUACAUAGACAGCUGGGAGUCCGAGCGCAGUGACUCUCUCUCCCCGCCGAGGCACACACGAGACGACUCGUUCGACAGCCUGGACUCCAUCGGCUCACGUUCCCAUCAAACCCCCUCGCCUGACUGUCUGCUUGCACACGGCUACAGCGAUGGCCAUGGCAGCGACUCAGAGUGUGACACCCCCCAGAGGAAGAUGCCGGACAUGCGCAAGGAUGACAUGCUGGUCCGGCGAACUUCCUGCAGUGAACCCAGGACUGCCGUUCCUUUUAACCAGUAUCUGCCCAACAAGAGUAAUCAGGGCUCAUACAUACCUGCACCAGUACGACGCCCUCACACAGACAAAGAUGACAGCCACAAAAGCUGGAGUAUUGCAACCUCACCAGUUGGAGGAGAGAGACCUUUCAGAUUUAGCCACUCAUCUAGUGUGUUUGAUGAUCCAGAGAGUGUGAGCAUGAUUGACAUGAGAUGUGACGAAGACUCUAUGGUGCCGCCCCAUAGUCAAGUUCGACAUGAGCUCAUGCACAACCAGUACAACAAGCUAAAAGAGGAAGAAGACCAUUGGCAGGACGACUUGGCCAAAUGGAAGAGUCGCAGAAGGAGUGUGUCUCAGGAUCUGAUCAAGAAAGAAGAGGAGAGAAAGAUGAUGGAGAGACUGUUGAGUGGAGAUGGAGGAUCACAAAGAAGGAAAAGUAUCAAGACAUACCGAGAAAUAGUGGAAGAGAAGGAGCGUCGUGAACAGGAGCUGCAUGAAGCAUACCGGAAUGCCCGCACACCAGAGGAAGCAGCUUCUGUGCUGCAGCGUUAUGCCCAGCGUUUCACCAUCAGUGAGGCCAUUAUUGAACGCCUCAAACUCCCUAAGCUGCUGGAGAGGAGUGUGUCGGCUGACUCCUCUCAUCACUCAUCUCUCCCAGUCUCUUCAGACAUCCCCUUUUUUUUCAGUGAUUCCUCAAACCCACUGCAGUACCUGAGGAAGCAGUCACUUCCCUUGGCCAAAUUUACAUCCACGAUCGAAACACGGGUGAUGGGAUACAGCACAGAGCAUAGAUUUGUGGGAGAUGUGACAGCGCCCUCACUGGGUCCAAAACCUGACAGCAGUGUCAUUGUUGAAAUGAGAACAGCUAAGGUGGAUGAAAUAAUGUGCGUGAAUAGAGAAAGGGAGGGCGACGGCCACAGCACUGAGAAGGGAGGACCACAGAAAACCAAAGAGACAGAAGAAGAUUCUCUGCAGUUCUUCCCAUCUCCUUACCAGCACACAGACUCAGACAUCACAGAUACUGAUGUGUCAGGGGUUCAGCCCAUGGACCACACAUUCUCAUCCACAUGCACACCAGAGUGGUGCAAGAAAGACAGAGAGGUUGAAGGUGGAACAAUCCCACAGGUUGGUGAUGUUGCUAUAUCCCAAGAAGUGUUGGAGAUAAAACCUGAAGAGACUUUUACAGAUCAAGAGCAGACAGAUCAGACAUGUAUAAGUGACUCUCAACAGGACGUGAUUCAGAUUGAUACCUCUUCUGUGCAGGUCAAUAAACUAGCAACUGUGAUCCCACAGAAAUCAAAAAAUCAAUCAGAACCAUCCAACCCAGAAUCAUACAGAACCAAACCAGAUAUGGCUGAAAAAGCUGGAAAUGUUCCUCCCCCUGUGCUGAAUCUGGUGAAGCGGGGUGAACACUUUUCUUGGGACCCUGAGGAAGAGCGCAAGCGUCAGGAAAGGUGGCAGCAAGAGCAGGAACGCAUGCUUCAGGAGAAAUAUCAGCGUGAACAGGAGAAGUUAAAGCAGGAAUGGGAGCAAUCACAGAAAGAAGUGGAAGAGGAAGAGAGGCGGUAUUAUGAGGAGGAGAGGAAGAUCCUGGAAGAGACUGUGAGUCCUCUGAUUCCUCACUCAACGACUACACAAUCAGCCCUUUCUAAAACCCACAGCACUUUACAGUCCCAUCCCAAACGGGAUGACAAACAGGGGCCAAUGGAGAAACAAAUGAGCUCUGAGACUUACAGACAAAGGGAAAAUGUCAGUGAAGCAGCCCAAAGAAAGACGGAGAGUUUACAGAUGAUAGUAAGUUCUCCCCUGCAAGGCUGUGGGUCAACAGGUCAGAGAAGACAAGGAGACCAAAGCCAAGAAAAACAGCCUAAAUUACUGUCUAAUCAGGAUAUGCCACUGGGCAACGGACAGAUAUCCCAGCAGAAUGAGACCUGGAAAAAGAAUGCAUCACAACCAAAACCUGGUGGACGCAGGAGGUCUGACCCUAUAGAGAACUUUGGGUCAAAUUCAUCAACAUCACCUUCAUUCACAGACACACAACCACCUCCAUCACCAAACAGGUCUGUCAGUGGGAAGAAACUGUGUUCAAGUUGCGGUCAUCCACUUGGCAAAGGUGCCGCCAUGAUUAUAGAGACUCUUAGCCUUUACUUCCACAUCCAGUGCUUUAAGUGUGGAAUCUGUAAGGGCCAGUUGGGUGACACCAGCACAGGAACAGAUGUGAGAAUCAGAAAUGGUCUACUGAACUGCCAUCAGUGCUAUAUCUGCUCCCGCUCUGCUGGCCAGCCCACAACUUUGUGAGCUCAUUGAUUUUGGGAGCAAAAGAAAUCUACCAAUUCUCACCUCCAGUCCUCACAAUGUUCACAUACGUGAAUGCAUAUAUGAAUACAAGCACAUUUAACAUGAAACACUGCAAUGUCUUCAAGUCAGGUUUUCUUUUCCAAAGCAAAAAAGCAUGUGACUGUAGUGAAAACCAAUUUUCUGACUGAACUGACUGUAUAACUGAUUAAUAAAACUGUUUGUAGGCUAAAAAAUAGAUUUAGGACAGUGUAUAUUCUUUGAUGACAAAUGGACGAUGUGAGCCAUCUAUAGAUAAUACUAAUUAGGAAAGAAUCUAAGCUAAAUUUCUUUGCAGACUUCUUUAUUUUAAAUUUAUCUGAAUCCAUCUUCAUUUUUAUGCUGCAAAUGAAUUUUGUUUAAAAAUAUUUCUGACAUAUUCUAAAAUAUCUGGCUUCAUGUGCUUCAACUACAGCGGAGUAUUCGGAGUGAGCUGAAUUUUUGAUGGCUUUUGAAUAAUUAUUUUUUUAUUGUUUUUUGAGUGGAUUAAAACACCAAAAUCUGUUGAAGAGAACUGUCAAGUGAUUCCUGUCUGUAUCCAGUGUCAUCUAUAGUGCCUCAAGAUAAAAAGAUCAACUAUAAUUAUGGGAAUGCAAUCCCUGUAAUACCCCUAAACAUUGUAUUUUCUGUCUGGAGUAAAGUAUGUAUUUUUAUACAUAAAAAGUAUAUUUGAGCUGAUGCAUGUAAAGUGAUUGCUGGUUAAGAAAACAGCCAUAUUCAUACAGCUCCAUUUUUUAUGCAAAUCACUGUCCUUUUGUUGUUUGAGGGUUUUGGUAGUUGUUGCACUGAAGCAAUGUGCCUUAAGAGAGAUAAAACGUAUACAUGAGAAACCUAACAGGAAUAAAAGUUCGGAUCCAAAGACUGUUUCUAUGCUAAUGUGAAAAAAUGAAUAUUUUGUGGUCAUAUAUGAUCAAAUUGCACCGGUCCCACUUUAUAUUAGGCGGCCUUAAAGGGAUGCAAAGUUCACUUUUUCAUGUUGUUUGAACAUUAAUGUGUGUUGGCAGUGUAUGUACAAAUCUACCCUAUAAUGAUAAAAAUCCAUGUGGUGGUUUUUAAUUAAUCUGUAAAAAUAAUAUCCCCUUUUUCAAAUCGAGCCAUUCUCAGAUGCCUGUCGGUGUGACGCGGCUCACAUGAUAGUUGAUUGACAUAUUACCUCAGAUUAGCUGUCACAGUCCGACCUCCAUUGUUUCGAUGCAGAGCAGUGAUGUAAAUUAGACAAGAAUAUCUCAGAUUGAGCGAUUGAGGUGUUGUGUUGCUGGAUGUAAUAAUAAACAUAGUGCUCCUCAUUUACUCCCGACAUCUGAGCAGCUGAAGAUGCAGUGGAUUACGUUUGCUUGUGAAGGGUAUGUUUUACAUAUGAUCUACAUAUAGGCGUCUAUGUUCGUGAUCCAGCUAAGUGAUUAUAGGGUUUUUUUUAUGAAUCUUUGCGAUUGCCUUUCCUAAUAAUGUGCUAGUUAGCAAGUUUACCGGCUAAAUGUGGCUAAAGUAAACAGGCUCGUCACUCCACAGAGAGAAGAGAGGGGCGGGGUGAGCAGAGCUAAUUUGCAUUUAAAGGAACAAUCCCUCAGAAUGGGAUGAUUUUUUUAGAGCUCAUUUUGACAAGGUAAAAAAGGGUGUUGUUUUACAGAACCAUUGAGAAUUUUUAAACAAAGUAUAUUAUAGACUUUUCUUUAAGACCCUAAAGAAUCAUAUCAACUUAUGGAAAAUGGGCAUCUGAUGACCCCUUU